ACCUGCAGGGCCCUAGUAUACACUUAGUAAAGGUAAAGUCCAGUCGUGACUGACUCUGGGGGUUGGUGCUCAUCUUCAUUUCUAAGCCGAAGAGCCGGCGUUGUCCAUAGACACCUCCAAGGUCAUGUGGCCAUUGGCAUGACUGCAUGGAGCGCCGUUACCUUCCCGCCGGAGCGGUACCUAUUGAUCUACUCACAUUGGCAUGUUUUUGAACUGCUAGGUUGGCAGAAGCUGGGGCUAACAGCGGGCGCUCAUUCCGCUCCCGGGAUUUGAACCUGGGAUCUUUUGGUCCGCAAGUUCAGCAGCUCAGCGCUUUAACACACGGUGCCACCAGGGGCCCAAGUAUGCCCUUCCUUGCAUUAAACCACUUGCUUUUGCCAUUUGUAUACAUUUUCCAUCGUACUUAUGGGUCAUAUUAAUCCCCAAAGGCUUGCUUAAAUAGUCAGCACUGCUUCUAGGCAAGACCACUCUGCCACCCAGGGGUCAGGGUUACCUUCCUUUCCCACAAGCCUGAUGGGCAAUGUGUCGGGUUCCCUCCUGCCCUCCCUCCCUAGGACCCCCCCAUCGGACCCCAAGGCAGGGAAGAUGACCGACUUGGACCGGCGGCACAUCCGGGAAAUCUGGACCGCGGCCUUUGAAAAUCCGGAGGAGAAUGGACGGCUGGUGAUCAUCAGGUUCUUCAGCGACUACCCUGCCAGCAAGCAGUACUUCAAGACGGUCCCCACGGAUGGGGACCUGAAGGCGCACCCCCAGGUGGCCUUCCAUGGCCGGAGGAUCAUGGUGGCCUUCAGCCAAGUGAUUGAGAACAUGGAGAACUGGAACCAGGCCUGUGUCUUGCUGGAGCGGCUGGUGAACAACCACAAGAACAUCCACCAAGUGCCUUCUGGGAUGUUCCAGCUCCUGUUCCAGGCCAUGCUCUGCACCUUCGACGACCUCUUGGGGAGGACCUUCACCCCAGAGAAGAGGGUCUCCUGGGAGAAGUUCUUUCAGGUCAUCCAGGAGGAAGUGGAGGCAGCCUAUGACCGAUAGACGAGGAAGCAGAGAGGAAGGGGCUUCCCCAAAAGGCACCCUCCCUAUUAUAUUUGUAUUGAAUAGUAUGGCAUUAAUGGAAUAAAGUCCCUUGUCUUCA